CCGAAGGUUCCCGUGAAAGCGGAGCCGCGCGGCUGCGAGGAGGGCCCACUGCCCAGCUGGGGAGAUCGAGUCUCCAAAGGCGACUCUCGCACUCGAGUACCGCCGGUCCGGCGGACCAAAGGUCCGCGGGUCUCCGCGCCGCUCCCCUCCCCCGCGGCCCCAUUGUCUGCCUCGCCCCGCCCCGGGGGACACGUGCGCCUGCAGCUUCCCGAGGAGGAGAGCGCGGGGCGGUGGCAGCGGCGUGGACACCGCCCGGAACGGCUACGCGGCCGCGGAGCCGGGGGCGGGGGCCGGGCGCGCACAGACCGAUCUCUGGAAACAUGGCUACAGAACAUGUUAAUGGAAAUGGUACUGAAGAGCCCAUGGAUACUACUUCUGCAGUUAUCCAUUCAGAAAAUUUUCAGACAUUGCUUGAUGCUGGUUUACCACAGAAAGUUGCUGAAAAACUAGAUGAAAUUUACGUUGCAGGGCUAGUUGCACAUAGUGAUUUAGAUGAAAGAGCUAUUGAAGCUUUAAAAGAAUUCAAUGAAGACGGUGCAUUGGCAGUUCUUCAACAGUUUAAAGACAGUGAUCUCUCUCAUGUUCAGAACAAAAGUGCCUUUUUAUGUGGAGUCAUGAAGACUUAUAGGCAGAGAGAAAAACAAGGGACCAAAGUAGCAGAUUCUAGUAAAGGACCAGAUGAGGCAAAAAUUAAGGCACUCUUGGAAAGAACAGGCUACACACUUGAUGUGACCACUGGACAGAGGAAGUAUGGAGGACCACCUCCAGAUUCCGUUUAUUCAGGUCAGCAGCCUUCUGUUGGCACUGAGAUAUUUGUGGGAAAGAUCCCAAGAGAUCUAUUUGAGGAUGAACUUGUUCCAUUAUUUGAGAAAGCUGGACCUAUAUGGGAUCUUCGUCUAAUGAUGGAUCCACUCACUGGUCUCAAUAGAGGUUAUGCGUUUGUCACUUUUUGUACAAAAGAAGCAGCUCAGGAGGCUGUUAAACUGUAUAAUAAUCAUGAAAUUCGUUCUGGAAAACACAUCGGUGUCUGCAUCUCAGUUGCCAACAAUAGGCUUUUUGUGGGCUCUAUUCCUAAGAGUAAAACCAAGGAACAGAUUCUUGAAGAAUUUAGCAAAGUAACAGAGGGUCUUACAGACGUCAUUUUAUACCACCAACCGGAUGACAAGAAAAAAAACAGAGGCUUUUGCUUUCUUGAAUAUGAAGAUCACAAAACAGCUGCCCAGGCAAGGCGUAGGUUAAUGAGUGGUAAAGUCAAGGUCUGGGGGAAUGUUGGAACUGUUGAAUGGGCUGAUCCUAUAGAAGAUCCUGAUCCUGAGGUUAUGGCAAAGGUAAAAGUGCUGUUUGUACGCAACCUUGCCAAUACUGUAACAGAAGAGAUUUUAGAAAAGGCAUUUAGUCAGUUUGGGAAACUGGAACGAGUGAAGAAGUUAAAAGAUUAUGCAUUCAUUCAUUUUGAUGAGCGAGAUGGUGCUGUCAAGGCUAUGGAAGAAAUGAAUGGCAAAGACUUGGAGGGAGAAAAUAUUGAAAUUGUUUUUGCCAAGCCACCAGAUCAGAAAAGGAAAGAAAGAAAAGCUCAGAGGCAAGCAGCAAAAAAUCAAAUGUAUGACGAUUACUACUAUUAUGGUCCACCUCAUAUGCCCCCUCCAACAAGAGGUCGAGGGCGUGGAGGUAGAGGUGGUUAUGGAUAUCCUCCAGAUUAUUAUGGAUAUGAAGAUUAUUAUGAUUAUUAUGGUUAUGAUUACCAUAACUAUCGUGGUGGAUAUGAAGAUCCAUACUAUGGUUAUGAAGAUUUUCAAGUUGGAGCUAGAGGAAGGGGUGGUAGAGGAGCAAGGGGUGCUGCUCCAUCCAGAGGUCGUGGGGCUGCUCCUCCCCGCGGUAGAGCCGGUUAUUCACAGAGAGGAGGUCCUGGAUCAGCAAGAGGCGUUCGAGGUGCGAGAGGAGGUGCCCAACAACAAAGAGGCCGCGGGCAGGGAAAAGGGGUCGAGGCCGGUCCUGACCUGUUACAAUGAAGACUGACUUGCUAUGUGGGAUUACACCAGAAGCUUGCAGUGGAGUAAUGGUAAGGAAAUCAAGCAACCUUAAAUAUGUCGGCUGUAUAGGAGCAUAUUCUAUUGCAGAAGACCUUCCUAUGAAGAUCAUGGAAUCAAAUACGGGACAUUGAACUAAUACUUGGACUUUGAUAUGAAUUUCUUUAACAAUUUUCUCUGCAGUGCAAGUUAUUAAACUAAAGCUACUCUAUUUUCAAAAUGUGUUCCAACAGAAAUCCUUCAUAACUCCUAGCAUGGUAUCUUAAUAAAGAAUAAAGAUCUUUUAAAAAUCUGCUCUAAGUAGAUUUUUCCCCUUUUUUAAAUUAAGGAUCCCAGCAGUGGUAUUUUGAAAUAUUCUCUUGAAUUUGUGCAUUUAAAUUUUAUUGCAGUGGUAUAGAUGAAUGCCACUGAUGGUAUCCUUAAAUUUUAUUUCUGCUCACCAAGGUUAAUCAUGAUUGUCUAUAUCUUUUUUAUAGUGAUCACUUUUGAAUUGUGUUCAGAUAUGCAGUUUCAGGUGUAAUCAUCAGAGCUGGUUAGUCAGGCAUUCCAGAUAGUGGUUCUUUUCAGAACCUUUUUAAAAGGGUUGGUUAACUACCUCAGUAGCAGAGGAUUGAACUAUACCCUGUCUGUACUGUACAUAGAAAAUCUUUGUAGAUAAAAGCAAGGCUUGUUAAAUAUGAUAUGAGGGUAAGAUUUUAAUAUACCAAAUGUAACAUUCUUAGUUGCCUUUAGUUUCAGAGGCUUGUAAGACUUCCUCAUGACCAUCAUAACAGGCCUUGCUUUUGUCGUAUUUUGUGGCUGAAAAAGCAGCCUUGCUUCUUCAGAUAUUGUAGUUAUUUGGAUGUAUAAUAGUUUAGCAAGAUGUUACUUUUGUAAGACAUCAGAUGUUCAAAAAAGUGCAUCCGAACUUGUACUAAAUACUGCAGUGUCCCUUUAUAAAAAGUCAGACUAAAACUGACAAUUGUACAGCGAAGCCUGACAUUUGGAUAUUUUGAAGUUUUUUCAUAAAUCAUAGAAAUUAGUAUAUGGCUGUAGUUUAGCUUUUUAGGUAAAAGGUAUGUUUCAUUAGUGCAUUUCUUCCUGCUGAUCACUGUAAACAUGUGAAUCAGCUUUCCAUUUCUUACGCAGGUCAUGAUAACUUGUAGAGUAGAGUACAAUCAUUUGUGCUAUGUUUUUAAUUUUCUAAAGCACCUUGAUGACAGUGAGUGUCCAGUGGUGAAGCAUCCUCUAUUGAACCACCCUCAAAAAUUUUUUUGCCAAGUCCUAAGUUGAUAGCUUAAAGUAAAAAGUGAAAAUUAUAGUUUCAUUAGGACUUGGUGUAAAGAAAUCCCCUCUCCCCUUCCCCAAAGGGAUACUGCAGUUAUAUCACAUACCCAAUAGGCACCACAAUGAAGAUCAGAGCUUAUACUUAAUUAAGGUUUUAUACACACCAGUUCCCCAGUAAAUGCAAAUUUAACAAGAAAAUUAGACAUGUCAUAUGUUCAAAAUGCUCAUGGCAAACAAUCAUUUUGCAUUCCUGCAAAUAAAAUUGUUUUAUACUGUAA